AUGGCCGACCUCAUUGUAACCCAACACGGGUCCGAAAAGGAAAUCAAGUUCGCCUCCUCAACACCCGCCCAGCGUGAGGCCGCAUGGCGCCUCAACGGCGUCUCAUGGGCCCCUCCAAUGUCCCUUGAGAACUACAUGGCCCGCGAAGUCGCGCUCUCUAAGACGGCCCUUUCAUCUCAGUGCAACUACUACGUCCUCUUCAACCCGGCCGACCCCGAACACAUCAUCUCAUCCUGCGAAGCAACCGCGAAGACCCUCCUUGUCCGCGAUGCCUCCUCUUCGACCCCCCGUGAGGAAAAGGCCUACGCCAUCGCCUCCGUUUACACUAACCCGACCUACCGCAGCCACGGCAUGGCAACGCGGCUACUGAACAGCCUAAAGGAAGCCAUGGACGCCGACUCCAAAGCCAGCGCGCUCUACAGCGACAUUGGUCUCACGUACUACGCCCGCCUCGGCUGGGCCGUCUACCCGUCACUCCAAGUCUCCCUCAUCCCGGACGAUGCUUCAGUCCUACGCAAGCCCGACGGUGUGCGAUACCUCGAGGAAAGCGAUGUCCCCGCCUACUGCGAAAAGGACGUCGAGCUCCUAAAGAAGAAGCUUGCGAACCUUCCGGAGGACGGAAAGACGCACGUCGCCUUCGCGCCCUCGGCCCACCAGAUGCUCUGGCACUUUACGCGAGAUGGCUUCAUGGCCAAGCAGCUCGCCGGUCGCGAGAUUACGCACCGCGGGGCGGCUACCGUUGACGGUAAGGCGUGGGUGUAUUGGGACCACGACUUCCGCGAGAAGAAGCUCAAGGUCCUCCGCGUGGCUGGCGACCCGGAGGCCGACGUGACCGCGCUGCUGCAGGCUGCGGUGAUUGAGGCCGCCGAAUGGGGGCUCGCCAAGGUGCUGGUCUGGAACCCUGAUGAGGGCGUCUCGGCUUCAGCCAAGAGGGUGAGUGACAGGACUGAGGGUGCCGUGCGGGUCGUCUUUGACGAGAGACUCGAUGGCAGCAUUCCCAGCCUGCGGUGGAAGGGCGAGGGUGAGGUCGUGUGGGAGGAUAAUGAGUAUUAUGCCUGGUGCUAG